AUGGAGGACAGCGUGAGCCUGCUCACCUUCAUCCUGCUGCUCACCCUCACCAUCCUCACCAUCUGGCUCUUCAAACACCGCCGGGUGCGCUUCCUGCACGAGACCGGGCUGGCCAUGAUCUAUGGGCUCAUUGUUGGAGUGAUCCUGAGGUAUGGCACCCCUGCUAGCAGUGGUCAUGACAAGUCACUCAGCUGUACUCAGGAAGACAGAGCCUUCAGCACCUUAUUAGUGAAUGUCAGCGGGAAGUUCUUUGAAUAUACUCUGAAAGGAGAAAUCAGCCCUGGCAAGAUCAACAAUGUGGAGCAGAAUGACAUGCUUCGGAAGGUAACAUUUGAUCCAGAGGUAUUUUUCAACAUUCUGCUGCCUCCAAUUAUUUUCCAUGCUGGAUACAGUUUAAAGAAGAGACACUUUUUCAGAAAUCUUGGAUCGAUUCUGGCCUAUGCCUUCUUGGGGACAGCUGUUUCUUGCUUCAUUAUUGGAAAUCUUAUGUAUGGCGUGGUGAAACUCAUGAAGAUUGUGGGUCAGCUCUCAGAUAAAUUUUACUACACAGAUUGUCUCUUUUUUGGAGCAAUUAUCUCUGCCACUGACCCAGUGACCGUGUUGGCAAUCUUUAAUGAACUGCAUGCAGAUGUGGAUCUUUAUGCUCUUCUGUUUGGAGAGAGUGUCCUGAAUGAUGCUGUUGCCAUUGUACUGUCCUCGUCCAUUGUUGCCUAUCAGCCAGCAGGACUAAAUACACACGCUUUUGAUGCUGCUGCUUUUUUUAAGUCAGUUGGCAUUUUUCUGGGCAUAUUUAGUGGCUCUUUUACCAUGGGAGCUGUAACUGGUGUUGUGACUGCUCUAGUGACCAAGUUUACUAAGCUGCACUGCUUCCCCCUGCUGGAGACAGCGCUUUUCUUCCUGAUGUCCUGGAGCACGUUUCUUUUGGCUGAAGCCUGUGGAUUUACAGGUGUUGUAGCUGUCCUUUUCUGUGGGAUUACACAAGCUCAUUAUACAUACAACAAUCUGUCAGUGGAAUCAAGAAGUCGAAGCAAGCAGCUUUUUGAGGUGUUACACUUUCUGGCAGAGAACUUCAUCUUCUCCUACAUGGGCCUGGCACUGUUCACCUUCCAGAAGCAUGUUUUCAGCCCCAUUUUCAUCAUCGGUGCUUUUGUUGCCAUCUUCUUGGGCAGAGCUGCACAUAUCUACCCACUCUCCUUCUUCCUCAACUUGGGCAGAAGGCAUAAGAUUGGCUGGAAUUUCCAACACAUGAUGAUGUUUUCAGGCCUGAGGGGAGCGAUGGCAUUUGCACUUGCCAUCCGUGACACGGCAUCCUACUCCCGCCAGAUGAUGUUCACAACCACGCUACUCAUCGUCUUCUUCACUGUCUGGGUCAUCGGUGGAGGCACAACGCCCAUGCUGUCAUGGCUCAAUAUAAGAGUUGGUGUGGAGGAGCUCUCUGAAGAGGACCAGAAUGAGCACCGCUGGCAGUACUUCAGAGUUGGUGUUGACCCAGAUCAAGACCCGCCACCUAACAAUGACAGCUUUCAAGUCUUACAAGGGGAUGGCCUGGAUUCUGUUGGAGGAAGCCGGACAAAGCAGGAGAGUGCAUGGAUAUUCAGGCUGUGGUACAGCUUUGAUCACAAUUACUUGAAGCCCAUUCUCACCCACAGUGGUCCUCCAUUAACCACCACUCUCCCAGCCUGGUGUGGCUUGCUAGCUCGAUGUCUGACCAGUCCCCAGGUGUAUGAUAACCAAGAGCCGCUGAGAGAAGAUGACUCUGAUUUCAUCCUGACGGAGGGUGACCUCACCUUGACCUAUGGAGACAGCACUGUGACUGCAAAUGGCUCCUCGAGCACCUACACAGCCUCCACAAGUCUUGAGGGUGGUCGGAGAGUGAAAAGCAGCUCUGAGGAAGUGCUUGAUCGAGACCUGGGAAUGGGAGAUCAGAAGGUUUCCAGCCGGGGCACCCCCCUUGUGUUUCCAUUGCAGGAAAAUGCAUGA